CGCAAUGAACCACAGCAAUAACAGCGAUGGGCCCAAUCGGUGCGAUCUUCCGCUGAUUUGUAUAUGCGACUGACGGUGUUCCCACAGUGGACAAAGCAAUUAAAUACACACGAAGAUAUUCUAGGUAUACAACGACCUGUGUGUUCAUCAAGCAGCGCUGCUUCUUACCUGGGAGUGCGUCUCGCUGUCUCUUUGGCCUGCGCUAUUCCAAGGAAGGGCCGCUCCGUCCCUUUAAAUACACGUCGUUGCUGUUACGUCGUGAUAAGAGUGUCACUAUAGGGGGUUUGUAGUUUGCAGGAGUGGCAGUGGUGCUAGUGAUGGCGGUGGUGAAACUACUGUCCAAGUUAGUACUGUCGUUCUACUUACGUAUGUUGCCGUCAUUUUGCCGUACGAGUACCUGCUGAUACGUAACUGCUGUAUAAAAAACAGCUGCUUACAGCAAGGGCCAGCUGCCGAGCAGGAAGUUGGAGUUCGCCUUCGAAUCGAAUCGGAUUGGAUACACAUCGUUGAUCAGUUGCUGCUAUUCGAUGUGAGAAGUACAGAGUAAUCAUACUGCUAUGUGCCGCGUCCCGGGACAACGACUAGCGCGAGAGAGCCACUGGGCUGGAAGUUUUCAACGCGAUGCAGACUCAAGCGGUAUUCAUAGUUUUGUGCAUGAACGCGUAUUCCAGACCUGGACAUAAAUAACCGACAUAUAAUUUCUUUCUAUUAAAAGAACGUUAAAGAGCCCGAUAAAGAAGAAAGGGGUAAUUAACAAAAAAAAAUCGGCAAAGCGCGUUUGUUUAAUUUCCUACGGCUGAUCGUCGAAGAGUACAUAAUAAUAAGAAAUAUAUAUAUAAACCAGGUGACAGGAGGCCAAUAAGAUAUUUAGUGCGUAUUUGUUCGUAAAAUAUUAGAAAUGAUAAUGGAUCACGGAAUGCUUUCUAAAUCCUUGCUUAUUACUCGUUAAUCGUAAUAAUUUUUGCAUCGAUCAUUUCCAGAUUAACAAAGUAAGGUUUGUUUAAUUGAAGUACGUUUGAUUAUUUUCAUUGAACGCAUUAAUGGAUGAAGUACAACUUAGUUAAUAGGUUGUCAUUGGCCCAAAUCGCGUUCACCGAUCAACUAAGUUAGACAGUUAGCGACUAAAGAAUUCCCACCGCUUGUAUAGCAAUUUAAUAAGGAAUGCGUAAGAUACGCGCUUAACUCAAUAAUUAUGAUUCGAGAAUUCUCGUGUAUCCGUUCCGUUGCGUGCAACUCUAGCGAUUCGCUGGCAUAUUCCUCGUUUUUCAUUUUGAUUUGCCGCCCUUUUAAGUGCUUCAUGAAGGUAAUUAGCAGUGUCUAUUUGCUCACUAGAAUUUGUGACUACGAAGUUGUUACUGUACCCGUCUGUUCGUUGUCAUAUCUCGGCGGCUUGGUAGUCAUAUGAAGCUAGGAUCGGCUGGGAUAAAACCCGCCAAUUACCCUCGAGAUCUUACAUCGUUUUUAGUGGCUUAUCAAUAUGGUGUAACAAUAAUGUUUCGUGGUUAAGUUUCGAGGUAUGUGAGGCGAUCUAGUUUCUAACUAAACUAGGUGCAAACACAUCGCGUUAUGCUGGAAGAGACCGUCAGCCGUUUAAAGAACAACGACCUGAAAUUCGAAAUGUUCAGUACUAACUGUAUGGUAGAGAAAAUGAGGGAACUUUUUUUAUUUGGCUAUAUACUUAUCAUAAUUCUCUACUUGAUUGCUAGAAAUUAUUUUUGCAUGGUGAGUGGUUAUUUAGUUUUUUUUCUAAAGCCCUUAAAAAUAACUGUGAAUGAGUUGAGUAGAUGGUUCUCGCUAAGAAAAUGUAUAUCUUUUGGGUUGCGGGUAACCGCAACAUUGAACACGCAGCACGUUGUGGGGUUAUGUACUCUGUGAGCGUACAUGGCCUACAUGUUUCCUGCAUGGUACGGACUGGAAGAGGCGAGCUGUUUUAAGCGACGUCAGGCAGUAUCGGACGUAAAAUAAGACGAAACGUUUUUCUGUUAUUAAAGGAACUCUUACCUGCAAGGUUUUUAUCACGCUAAACGAAGACGGCGCAUUAUGUUUGACUUACAUUUCUGCGAUUUACAUUACGUGACCAGCAAAGAAGGUGUUGAAGAUGGGAGCCAUUCGCGUGACUCCGCUCGACGAAGUUCUCAAAACAAAGUCUCUCAAGAAAAAGUCAGAAAGCAGUUCAAAGGCUUUGGCUCUAGGGCAGGAAAUACGCCUAUCUCCUGGGGGCGUUCAACUGCGGUUAGCCGCUUCACAGAACGGCAAUGUGCCUCCCGGAUUUUCUGUCCCUUCGACGUUGUCUAACAGCAAGCUUAAGGCGCUUGCAUAUCGGCCAGUGCCACGCAGAAGUCGGGAACAGGAAACUAAAGACGCGUUCAUGCUGGCUCUUGGCCUUCGCCCACUACAUGCGCCGCUGCCAGCGCCAAUCACCAAAGCCCAAGUUGCCAAUGUGCUUGGUGGUACAAAAGCUAUUAAAAGCUUUCUUCGUAGUCCGGUGACUCCAUUGCCGCGGGUCGCCUGUAUGGCUUCAUACCUUCGUCAUAAAGGAGCGCUCGUCCAGUUUACCCCACCAUCUUCUCAGGCAAAACCCAAGACAGCAAAGAGCGGCAAAGCUAAAAAGACCCAACCGAAGUAUGUGGGGAAGACGAAACCUGCUUGUACAAAAUAACGUUGCGUAACAGAUCUAUGUACAGGCGUCAUGAUAACGCAAUGAUGAUGCAGCAGCUUGUAUGAUAGGUUAGGCACGAAUGCUUAGCCCUGUACAAAAUAUGAACCGUUAUGAGUAUAUGAGCGCUUCGUUCAUUCCGUUUCAGAAGUUUGUACAAAUAUAUUAUAUAAUGUAACGAUACACCCUAUAUACAUAUAGAUGGUAAAUGACAAUCGACUUUGUAUGGAAAGGCUCUUUAUUCAACAUUCUAAUAACAAUAGAUUUUCUUUAGCGGGGCUUGUCUUCCCGUUAAUGAAUGGGAUACGAGAAGUUCCGCUUAAUUUCGUAAAAAGAAAGAAUUUUCUUUGUAUCCUUUGCUCGCCUGCGGCUCAUUUCUUUUCUAAGUGAACAUCGAGCUAGGCGAAUGUAGAAUCCGCCUACAAGAAGACAGAUUAAUGCAAAAGUCUUCAAAGUCGAAGCCAAAGUCCUGAAUGGAAGCGAGGACGAUACCACAAGGUACCUAUGCAUGGGCUCUGAAAAAGGGCUAGGUUUGCAUUCUAUUAAAGAUUGUUUCAAAACGACGAGAGUCAAACUUGAAAGGUCUCUCAGGUUGUGGUGGUGGCCUUGUAAACUAUAAAUCAAAAAAGCACGAUGACCGUUGUCGAUACAAACAUUUUAUUUUUUUUGGGAAGUUAAAUCACGUGUUAACUCUUUCGAUUGCUUUCAGGCAUUUUACUGUUUGUUUCACAAGCUAUGGGCGUUGAAUAGCUGAAUAUUUAGUAAUUUAUUCUCAAUUAUUUGUUUAACAGAAAUCCUAUUCCAUAAAAUUUUCAAGGAUAAGCCUGCUACCGGGUUACGCAACUAUAAAUAAUGUUUUCUUGGCGUAACAGAUUUAUGUCUUCAAAAAAAAUGACCACAAGUUUGUUCCUCGUAUGAAAGAAAUACAAAUUACUUACGAAAUCACCUGCGCUAUGGAAAUGCGCAGAGGUAAGAGAUCUAUGUAAGAAAUUAUUUUAUUUACUUUAUUGGACUCGAUAAAAGUUUCUAUUCAAUUUCGGAUUUCUUACACCGUUUAGCGGAUCCUUGCAUGAUACUAUCUUAUUUAGCAUUUUUCGUUUAAUUCUAGUUACCUACGUUUUCUGAUCUUGGGCGAAAAUCGCAGAACUUUAUUCAUACCAGAACAGCUUGCUUCUUCUUGGAAAGUUACCGGAGAACUGGGCUAAAUUUGAUCGGUGCUGGUUGAAACAGUUGGCUUUUAGCAACCUUCGAGUGUCAUAUCAGUUUAUAUAGUAUAGACAGUCUAAAGGGUUGUUUACGUAGUCAGUACCUUCGACGAGAUGCGAGAGCAGUAAUACAUAUCUGUAGGUCGUUAAAAGAGCCACACCUAUCUAGAAAGAGAGGAAAAGUAUAACCUUCCUGAAUAUACAAAGUGAAAUACUUCACCAUGCGGAAAUAAUUGUAGCAGGAACACGUGUAGUAUUAUGCAUACAGAAAUGUAGAAACAAUUUAGUAAUGAAUUAUUGUGACUGUUUCGUAAAUAUAUAAAAUAAAAAUAAAUACAUUUCGUAAGUUUCGUAAAUAUUAUGAAAGAAUUUAAGAAUUAUAUAAAGACUGAACUGACUUGAUUCUAUGACCAGAACAAACCAGUUCCGCCUUUCAAUAUAUAUUCGGUCCGUUUUUAUACCGAAUAUUCCACUUGUGGCGUGCCCGGUAUAUUCAAAUGUUCUAGCGGGAUAUUAUUUUUCUUUUGGCUAGUCAAAAGGGCAAGUGGCUCCCACAUCAGCAAAGUCAGGAGGGACAGCUGCCAGCGUGUUAAUGGACGUAUUUUUUCAAAAAAGAAGCACAGAAAGUGAGGCAAAUAUGUAUGUAUAGAAGCAGACGUUGAAAGAUAUGUAAAUGUACAGGAACUCUGUUGCGCAUGUUGAUACCAGUCGUAUAUAAUAAAAGAAGUCUUUUAAUGGGAAGAUAUUGUUUAUUGUAUUUUUCUGAUAAGUUCAUUAGGUUCGUGGUCUUCAUGUGUUUUCCAAAUAAGCUGAUAGAACUCGUGCACUGCAAACCGUGUUAUGUUAAAUUUUGUUCGCUCGUUUACAGUCGCCGUCGAUUUUAGCUCGGCUAAAAAAUAAAAGACCUACAUAGAUCUUUUUGCUCGUAUAAAUAUCCUACAAACCUUUGAAAGCUGAACAUUUUUUGCAUAUCAUCGAUGAGUAUUAGAGUGUUAGUCUACGAAGUUACCAAGGAAAAGAAUACAAUUCAGGUUUAAAAAUUCGAGGAGUAAACAUGGGAACAAACAUGUACAGUCAUCUCUUGUUCCGCGAAGCACUCUUCGUAAUCGACGUUUACAGAGUAGCUCACCUUCGAUUUGAAAUGAUACCUAGUUCAAUAAAAGUGAACGUUGGAAUUGGUGUCACGUAUUACUUGCGAUUCUUUAAUACCCCUCAUCUAAAAACGUGAUAUAACCAAGCAGGUAUUUCCCUUUAGUUUGUUAAGCACUAGAAUAUGUUGAUCUGGUUCUGGAAAAUAAACGAUAAUUAAAUCGACUCACUACCCGACGUAAUGUCUUUAAUGGUUUUCUUUAUGACUUAAAAUUUGAUGAAACUUUAAGCCAGUGAUUCCAGUUAGUGUUUCCUC